CAAUCACCGACAUAUCGCCAUAUCGCCAUCUCGCCAUCUCGCCAUCCAACUCGCUGGCUUAUUGAUUAAUCAAUACGCCGAGACCGGAGAGCGACGGUUGCUUAUCUUGCCGUAACCAUCCAACACCGUAACCGAAUUCUCAAACGUCUUACUUACCAUCGUCUGUGUCCCAACAAUUCAACCCGUCCUAGCAAUUCCAACCCAACCCACUUCCGCAUCAUCACCGCAGCCCACCAUGGCUAAGGUCAAGUGCUCGUUCGAGGACUGCAAGCUGCCCGCCCAGCGCAUCGUCGGAGACUGCAGCUUCUGCCAGGGCUCGUUCUGCAAGAACCACCGCCUGUUGGAGGACCACAAGUGCCGGAACCUCGAAGACUGCAAGAGGGAAGCCUUUGAGCAGAACGCGAACCAGCUCAACAAGGAGCGGACGCAGGUCAUCAAGACCGCCUAAAGUUCGAAAUCGGCCCGACCGCUGGUUUUAACUCUUCUUUUUCUUCUCGACCGACGAGCAAACCCCCCCCCCCUCGUACGAAACCCGGCGCCGGUUUCAACGACGGUUUCACGCCAGCGACAGGACGAAACCGUCCUUCUCGACGGAGCGAAAGCAAUCAGUCCGGUAGCCUCUUCUUUUGACUCGAAGAGGAGGAGGCUUUUGGCGCCCUGCAGCGCCGAUUCCUACACGGAACGGGCUGCUCGCACAGACCUUUCCGAUUCACACCGACAGCAGCAACAACAACAACAACAUCACACAUACCGCAUCCGCAAACUGGCAACGUACCCUUGCCAAGGCACGAGAGGGGCAGGAAUUCAAUGUUUGUCGGUUUUUGAAUUUUGUUGGCAUGGCGUUUAGGAAAUGGAAUCUAGCGCGCUUACCCCUCGCCUGAAUUUUGGGCAGGCCAGGGGCCCAGGAAUUGAAUUGGUUUGAUGGAAAAGAGAUAUUUACCCUACACAUGGCCCCGGCGUGCUUGUUGGGUUGGCCUCCGCCGCCGAGGUGGCGGUUGGUCAGGUAGAUGGAAAUUAGACAUUCUACUAUCGCCAGCA